GGAGCCGGGAAAGGCGACAGGGACGCCUCUCCCCUCUCCCCGCGCCUGGGGCGUGUGCUUGCCGCUCCCAGGUGGUCACGCUCCCUGCACCUGCGGACCUAGUUCCCAGGCCCGUGAAGAGUGGAAAGUAGCCCAUUUUCUGCUCCGCCCUGUUCUCCUGAGACCACUGCACAGUCCAGUCCUGUCCUGGCUGCUUCACCCCCUGGGGACACAGUCUCCAGUAGCGGCCCUGUCCCCACUCCCCGAACAGCUGGUCCCAGGAGCUCCGUUGGCCUGCUGUCCUCGGCGACAUUUCCAGUUUUAGAUAAUGCAUCACAUCUCUGCGCCCCCGGGGCCCCCAUGAUCUGGAAGCAGACAGCUUGAACCUAGGUGAGUCUCUUCCUCUAAACUGGAAGGGAGUUCUCCAGGGACUCCUCUGAAAUGGACCUGAGGGUGAGGACUGAGAGGACGUGCAGGAGUGGGUUGGGGAGGGUGGAGGAGAGCGCCACCCGGGCUGGGAAAGGUGGUGGGGCUGCUGGUGGCCACAGCCUGUCUCUUCCCCUCGAUGACUGCACACCUGUGUGUUCCCUUCGGUGACCGGCUCCUCUGCCUGUUUCUCCUCUUCACCCCACCGCCAUCCCUACCCCAUGCUCUCUGCUGGCUGUGCUCCCCCUGCCUGCCCAGAGCUCUCCUCUCUCCUCCCAGACCUCAGCCCAGGAUGUUGCGGCGGCUGCUGGAGCGGCCCUGCACGCUGGCCCUGCUCGUGGGCUCCCAGCUGGCCGUCAUGAUGUACCUGUCACUGGGGGGCUUCCGGAGCCUCAGCGCCCUAUUUGGCCGAGAGCAGGGGCCCACAUUUGACUAUGCUCAUCCCCACGAUGUCUACAGUAACCUCAGCCACCUGUCAGGGGCCCCUGCUGUUGCCCCGGGCGGCCCUCUGGCUCCUCAAGGUCUGCCGUACUGUCCAGAACGGUCUCCUUUCUUAGUGGGUCCUGUGUCCGUGUCCUUUAGCCCAGUGCCAUCGCUGGCAGAGAUUGUGGAGAGGAACCCCCGGGUGGAAGCGGGGGGCCGGUACCGUCCUGCAGGGUGUGAGCCCCGCUCCCGGACAGCUGUCAUCGUGCCACACCGGGGCCGGGAGCACCACCUGCGCCUGCUGCUCUACCACCUGCACCCCUUCCUGCAGCGCCAGCAGCUUGCUUACGGCAUCUACGUCAUCCACCAGGCUGGAAAUGGAACUUUUAACAGAGCAAAGCUGCUGAAUGUGGGGGUCCGGGAGGCCCUGCGUGAUGAAGAGUGGGACUGCCUGUUCUUGCACGACGUGGACCUCCUGCCAGAGAAUGACCACAACCUGUAUGUGUGCGACCCCCGGGGGCCCCGGCAUGUGGCUGUCGCCAUGAACAAGUUUGGAUACAGCCUCCCGUACCCCCAAUACUUUGGAGGGGUCUCAGCGCUCACUCCUGACCAGUACCUGAAGAUGAACGGCUUCCCCAAUGAAUACUGGGGCUGGGGUGGUGAGGAUGAUGACAUUGCUACCAGGGUGCGGCUGGCCGGUAUGAAGAUCUCUCGCCCCCCCACAUCUGUGGGGCACUACAAGAUGGUGAAGCACCGAGGAGACAAGGGCAACGAGGAAAACCCGCACAGAUUUGACCUCCUGAUCCGCACUCAGAAUUCCUGGACACAAGAUGGGAUGAACUCACUGACGUACCGACUGCUGGCUCGAGAGUUGGGCCCUCUCUAUACCAAUGUCACAGCAGACAUUGGAACUGACCCCCGGGGUCCCCGGAUUCCCUCUGGCCCCCGUUACCCACCUGGCUCCUCCCAGGCAUUCCGCCAAGAGAUGCUGCAGCGCAGGCCGCCAGCCAGGCUGGGCCCUCUGCCUACUGCCAACCACACAGCCCCCCAUGGCCCACACUGACCCUCCUUCCUGCCUACCUUCAGUCAUGAAACUGAACCAGAGGGUUCUGUUCUCCCUCCCUCAGCUACCACUGCUCUUAGAGGGACUGGGGGCCACUUACGCUGUGCUGGGGCCGGGGCCUCUUAUUGCUGGACUGGAGUUGGGCUCCUCUAGACCUGAGGGCCCCUUUCUAGGGGCACCUGCCAGGAUUAUGACUGUGAAUCCCUGAUGUCAUGAUUGUAUGUGGUGACUCCUGGGAGUGCUGCCCCUGCAGUGGGAGCAGGGCUGGACCCCAAGUCCCUUCCUCUUCCAUGGAGAGAAGAGUGACCUAGCUUCUCCUGGGACCUCUGUGAAUAUUUAUUCUAUUUAUGGUCCCCAGGAUGUGUUAGGUGAAGUGAGCCCCUCCCUGGGCACUUUCUGCCAGGGCUAGAGCAGCCCCCUCUUCUGGCUCUGGCUCAGGCGGCUGGAUUUUGAUAUAUUUUCUAAUAAAGGACUCAGUCUC